AUGAUAAGCUCGUUCUCCGCCGCGACAGAGCAUCGGAGGAGAAACUUCAAAGGAAGGAAGAAUAAUUUCAGCGAGACAAUGGAGACGCGGAGGAGCAACUUUAGUGAAUCAGAGUCGCCGAGAAGGAGCUGUUUCGAGGCAAAGAAUAGUAACUUCAGUGAAACAGAGUAUCCACGGAGAAGUAACUUCAGCGAAACAGAGUAUAAAAAUAAUCAUCCGCGGAGGAGCAAUUGUGAAGCGGCGCCGAGGAAGAGUAAUAUCAACAAGGAGCAGCAGCAUCGAAAGAGUGAUUCGCCUGCGAUGAGUUUCACGAGGAAGGUGUUGUCGAUGAAAGAGAGUUACUUUACAGGAGGAGAAAAAAAGUCUGGUUUUAUAGAUCUCAAGUUUGAUUCCUUUGGAGGAGUUGGAGGAGGAGAAGUGGUGGUGAACGACGGCGUCUUGCCGGUUAACGACGAAGGAUAG